AUGAGAUUGGCCGCCGUGGCCGGAAUCGGUCAGGAGAACAUCACUUUUAACUCUCACUGGUCGUGUCCAGUGGUCGUCCCACCAGAGUAUGAGAGUGACAGGAAUAGAGAGUGCACUUGUGUCUGCGCGUACAGUUGUGCACUAUUAUACCUCCUGCGCAGUCAGCUAGUCUCAGUGAGAUUGGCCGCCGUGGCCGGAAUCAGUCAGGAGAACAUCAUCAUCAUCAUACAUACAUAUGUA